AUGAAGACGGAGAUCCCGUUGUAUGAUAUUGUUAUUGUCGGGGCCGGUCCUGUGGGUUUGUUACUGUCCGUCUCUCUUUCGAGAUGGGGGUACAAAGUCAGACAUAUCGACAACCGCCCUGUACCAACAGCAACUGGUCGAGCCGACGGGAUUCAACCUCGGACUCUAGAGAUGCUCCAGAAUAUGAAGUUGAAACGAAAGAUCAUGGCUCAUGAUCCCGCCCGGGUGUUUGAAGUGGCGUUCUGGGAUCCUGCCCCAGGCGGGAAGAUUGUGCGAACAGGGACAUGGGCCAGUUGUCCGGAGUUUCUUGACGCCAGGUACCCCUACACAGCUCUCCUGCACCAAGGACUCAUUGAGAGAGUUCUUAUUGAAGAUCUGGAAAAGAACGGAACCAAAGUCCAGCGGCCAUGGACCAUCAAAAGCUUCGAAACCAACCACGCCAACCCGGACUAUCCCGUUGAGGUUGGCCUAACAAACCUCGAUAGCAAUGUCACAGAGACUGUGCGGGCCAAGUACCUGUACAGCGGUGAAGGGGCACGCAGUUUCGUCCGUGACCAACUGGGCGUUAAGAUUCGGCACAAAGACCCCAUCUCACAUGUCUGGGGCGUCAUGGAUGGCGUCGUUCGUACAAACUUUCCCGACAUCAAAAUGAAAUGCACCAUCCACUCGGAUCACGGCAGCAUCAUGGUCAUCCCACGGGAAAACAACAUGGUCAGACUGUACAUCCAGAUCGCAAGCUCAACGGACCCAGACUUCUCCCCUCGCAAGACAGCCACUGUGGCAGAAGUGCAGGCGGCUGCCAAACGCAUUUUCCAGCCAUACUACUGCGAUUGGGAUCGCGUGGAGUGGUACUCUGUCUACCCAAUCGGCCAAGGCAUUGCUGAUAAGUACACGCUGGACCACCGCGUAUUCAUGGGCGGCGAUGCAUGCCACACGCACUCGCCCAAAGCCGGACAGGGCAUGAACACUGCGUUUCACGACGCCGUCAACUUUGCGUGGAAGAUGCAUCUGGUUGAAGCCGGCUUCGCAAAGCGCGACAUCUUGUCGACGUACGAAGUAGAACGCAGAUUUAUCGCCGAAGCCCUCCUCAACUUCGACAACAAAUACGCCGCUCUCUUCUCCCAGCGCCAACCAACGGCGUCCGAGGUCAGCGACGCGCACAAGCACGAUUCCGGCGAGACCAAAAACGAAUUUGUCGAGAUGUUCAAAGCCAGUUGCGAGUUCACGGCCGGUUUUGGCGUCGCAUACAACGGCAACAUCUUCAACUACUGGGGCGAGCACCCCUUCCAGCACCCCUUGAUCAUCAAAGAUUCGGCGCAGCUACGGCCGGGACGAAUCAUGCCACCAUCGAACGUGACGCGGGUGGUGGACGCCAACGUGGUGCACCUUGAAAACGAGAUCCCCUACAACGGCGCCUUCCGACUAUUCAUCUACGCCGGCCUCAACCAGUCGCCCAAAAAAGGUCGGCACCAAGCACUGCUCGAUCUGGCCACUGGCUUGACGGGCCCGAACUCCUUCUACACACGCUUCGGCUGCGCCAGCCGCCAACUCGAUAAUCAUCACGACAAUGACAACCCGCACUCGCCCUUCUUCUCGCUAUGCCUGACGCUCGCGGCUAAACGGCCGGAGAUUGAGAUCUCAGACCUCCCUCCUCUAUUCCAGGACUACGCUGGCCGAGUGUAUGCUGAUGACAGGCGGGACAUAAGAGUCCCUGACGCCCCUGCUGCGGCGCAUGCUAAGAUGGGUCUUGCGGGUGGCGAGGGCGCGGUAGUGGUCGUGCGGCCUGAUGGACACGUAGGUAUUGCAGUCAGACUGGUCGAAGGGACCGGUACAGUCGAGGCGCUCGAGGGCUACUUUGAUGGCUUUACCGUGCCGGAAGGCAAGGCACCGACGGCGGCAGGACUAGGUGGGGGGCCGGAACAUGUUAGAUCUCAAUUGUGA